CCGCCGCCGCCAUUCGGACGCGACUCACCCGGCACCAGCGACUCAGGCUCCGCCAUGCCGAAAACUGUGAAGGGAAUCUGUGCCUGCUUCGGAAAGACAGCAGGGGCGACUCGAUUGGGCCUAAGAGCCCACCCAGGACAACGAUUAAGCAUGGCUAUUUCGUUUCUGUGGUAGAGAUGAAGGAAUGUCUGAAAUGGAAAGAUGAGAAUUUGAAACCAGUCAAUUUCAAGCUAUGGAUAAAUGCACGGAUGUGAAGCUGCAGAUCUCAGUGACCUGGGAGUUGGCUGGGGGAGUCACUGGUGCUCGAUGUGUGGAAAGCCGCUACAGAACCAAGUUCAGCUGAAAGGCCGUGACCUCCUGACCCUGAAGAACUUCACUGGAGAGGAGAUUCAGUACAUGUUAUGGCUCUCUGCAGAUCUGAAAUUCCGGAUAAAGAACAAAGGAGAAUAUUUGCCUUUACUGCAAGGAAAAUCCUUGGGAAUGAUUUUUGAGAAAAGAAGUACUCGAACCAGACUGUCCACAGAAACAGGCUUUGCUCUACUGGGAGGACACCCUUGUUUUCUUACCACCCAAGACAUUCAUCUGGGUGUGAAUGAAAGUCUUACAGACACAGCUCGUGUGCUAUCUAGCAUGACAGACGCAGUGUUAGCUCGAGUGUAUAAACAAUCAGAUCUGGACAUGCUGGCUAAGGAAGCAUCCAUUCCAAUUGUCAAUGGACUCUCAGACUUGUAUCAUCCUAUUCAGAUCUUGGCUGAUUACCUCACACUCCAGGAACACUAUGGCUCUCUCAAAGGCCUUACCCUCAGCUGGAUUGGGGAUGGGAACAACAUCCUGCACUCCAUCAUGAUGAGUGCUGCAAAAUUCGGGAUGCACCUUCAAGCAGCUACUCCAAAGGGUUAUGAGCCGGAUCCUAAUAUAGUCAAGCAGGCAGAGCAGUAUGCCAAGGAGAAUGGUACCAAGCUGUCAAUGACGAAUGAUCCAUUGGAAGCAGCACGCGGCGGCAAUGUAUUAAUUACAGACACUUGGAUAAGUAUGGGGCAAGAGGAGGAGAAGAAAAAGCGUCUUCAGGCUUUCCAGGGUUACCAGGUCACGAUGAAGACUGCUAAAGUUGCUGCGUCUGACUGGACGUUUUUACACUGCUUGCCUAGAAAGCCGGAAGAAGUGGAUGAUGAAGUGUUUUAUUCUCCACGGUCAUUAGUGUUCCCAGAGGCAGAAAAUAGAAAGUGGACAAUCAUGGCUGUCAUGGUAUCCCUGCUGACAGACUACUCACCUGUGCUCCAGAAGCCAAAGUUUUGACGCUGCGAUACAUCCCAAGAGAAAACCAAUGCUCUUUAGCAACAGCAUAAGUCAGUUUAUGGGAAAAGAGAAGAAUUUAAAAUGUAAACAAAUCCCUAAUAUAUGGUAUGAGAAACAUAUGUUAUUUGUUUGUUAUUGUGAGACUUUCUUGAAGCCUGUAGUUUAAGUGCCAACUCACUUUAAUAUCUGCUUGACUGGGUUUAAACUCACUCUUUAGUUCACCAUUCUGAAUUACAUUUGGGUAUCAUACUAAUUAUCAUACAGAGUUCCUUCUAUUAAACAUAAAACACUAUGCUUGCAAUGCAUAAUGUCUAACUCAUUAAAUGUAAUCUGUGCUUAUUACCUUAAUAAGUGAUCAUUCGUGCUCAUUUAUAAAUAAACAUUUGCCAGGCUGUCAGCUACUAAGAGGUCUGUAGGCUAUGGCCAUGGGCCUUAAGACCAAUGAGGAAGUUAAACGACAGACAUCCAGCAAAUAGAAUACAAUUUUCAGGCCAAUGAGGAAGACGGGCACACAGAGAUCAUGACAUUCUUUAAAAAUAACAACUUGACCAUACUGAAGGUUUUCAACCACUUAUGGGAAGAUGGGAGUCCUUCAAGAGCAUCCAUCUCUCUGUGCCCAUCAAUCAUGAAGUAUUGACUACUUCAUGGUACAAGUGGGAGAAAGCUCUGUUAGCAUGUGGUAAAACCGUGAGUACCCAUCUAGGAAUGCAGGUCCAUUAGAAACAUGUAGCCCUUGAUUCUGAGUUUUCCAGUAAGAGCAAUUUAAUUCUUUCACACUUGUGUUUAUCACAAAUCUACUCAUACCACAAUCGACUAUUUCUGUAAAUAUACUGUUUGUCCUAUUUUAGC